UGGCUCUUCUACUGUGCCGCAGUGCGAGCGCGCUGUUACGCCCUUGUAUUCUGCGUAUGUCUGCUGUCUUCCUCUUGUACACCCCAUUAUACCACAGAUCGCCUUCAAUUGUUGAUUUUUUGGGCAGACGGAGUUCCGCCCUCACAUAACGACCAUGUCCGGCGCUCUCUCUCGGCUGUCAAAGAUUGCCUCACAGGUCAUCAAUCCGACGCAUGCGGAAGAAGUCGACACAGCGAAGGAGUCGAAGAACCAUCGGCUGAACUUUCACACCCUGUCGCCAACGGCAUUCUUGCCAAGAGCUGCUGCGAUCGAGCCAGAUGCCGAAGCCGUAUACCACAUCACUACAAACAACAAAGUCCUAAGGAGAACGUAUGGUGAAGUGGCCGAUCGUGCGCGUGGUGUAUCCUACUACCUCAAGAAACACAAUUACACAAGAGUUGGGAUUCUCUCUACAAACACACCGGCAUUCCUUGAAUCGCUGUAUGGGAUUACAGCUGCUGGAGCCGUCAAUGUCGCCAUCAACUACCGACUGAAAUCUGAUGACAUUGCUUAUAUCUUUACCCACUCCGAGGUUCAACUCAUCAUCGUCGAUGCCGAAUUCGAGGACCUCCUUUCAGACUGCCGCAAAGCCUCCCCUCUAGUACAAAUACUCAUUGACACCGAUACAGACGCGAUUGAGGGGGAUCUGUGCGGCCCCUUCGAUCGUGCAGUCUUGGAAGGUCUGAAACAUGACGUCGAUACAGGGAAUAAAGGCUGGGAUGGCCUCGAGGUUCAAGCCGCAGACGAAGAGAGUGUGUUCGCAUUAGCAUACACAAGCGGAACAACGGCUCGCCCCAAAGGCGUCGAGUAUACUCAUCGUGGCGCAUACCUUGCCGCUCUCGGCAACAUAAUCGAGAGCGGCCUCAACUACCACACCGGCCGCUGCAAGUAUCUCUGGACACUUCCUAUGUUCCAUGCGACUGGUUGGACCUUUCCUUGGGCUAUAACAGCCGUUCGCGGCACCCAUUACUGCCUUCGCAAAAUUGACUAUCCGCUUAUCUGGCGGCUCCUCAAGGAGGAGCACAUAACGCACUUCAACGCCGCACCCACUGUAAACACACUACUCUGCGCCGACUCUUCCGCAUCCCGCCUCCCCUCUCCUGUUCGCGUCACCGUCGCCGCAUCCCCGCCCACCCCACACCUCUUUGAAACGAUGACAGCUCUCAACUUGCAUCCGGUCCACGUCUAUGGCCUCACCGAAACCUACGGGCCCAUCACAAAGGGCUACCAUAUGCCCUCCUGGGACGCCCUCCCAGCCAGAGACAAAUACGCCAAAAUGGCCCGUCAAGGCCACGGCUUCGUCACAUCUCUCCCCGCACGCGUCAUCCAACCGGACCGCACCGACGGCCAACUCAUCGACGUCGCUCGCGACGGCAACGAAAUUGGCGAAAUCGUCAUGGCCGGAAACAUCUGCGCAAAGGGAUACUACAAGGAUCCCGUCGCCACAUCCAAGCUGUGGGCCGGCAGUGUCAGCCACUCGGGCGAUCUCGCCGUCAUGCACCCGGACGGCGCAAUCCAGAUCCUCGACCGCGCAAAGGACAUAAUCAUCUCCGGCGGCGAGAAUAUCAGCAGUGUCGCGCUCGAGGCCAUGCUUGCCACGCAUCCCGACAUUCUCGAGGCGGGCGUCGUGGCGGUGAAGGACGAGCGCUGGGGCGAGCGGCCAAAGGCUUUUGUGACGGUGAAGAAUCAGGCUGCUACGACGGGUGCGGAUGUGAUUGCCUGGGCCAAGGAGAAUAGCAGUAUCAGUCGGUUCAUGGUGCCGCGGGAGGUGGAGAUUGUGGCCGAGUUGCCCAAGACGAGUACGGGCAAGAUACGGAAGAAUGUUCUGAGAGAUUGGGCGCGUGGGGUGCGCAGUGAGUAGCAGUAGUAGCGCGCUCUAUGUGUGCAGCAUGUCAUGGAAUGGUCGUACUUUCUAAUCAUGAAUAGUUGGCAGGUACGAAUGCAUAUAUAUACACGUAUGUAUGGACGAAAUGUACAGAUGAAGAUGAAUCUACAGGAUGGCUACAAAGACAUCAUCCAUGUCAAACUGUAUCGUAUGCUGGGUUCCCCGCACAGAAAUCGCUACAGCAGAACAAGGAUGAGACAUUGAAUAUAGCGUAAUGAAUACGAAAGAAAGAACAAAAAAAAAUCGAC